AUGGCGGUCACUUUCUCGUCGGACGACAUUGUGAUAAAGUCGCCGACCGAUAGGCGACUGUAUAGAUACAUACAACUUCCUAAUGGUUUGUCUGCUCUGUUGGUUCACGAUCCAGAGAUUUACUCGGACGGAACCAUGGAAGCUUCGAGAAAUAGCGAAGACGAGGAUGAAGAAGAAGAGGAUUUCGAAGAUGAAGAUGAAGAUGAAGAUGAAGACGAUGACGAAGAAGAUGAAGAUGAAGAUGAAGAGGAAAAUGGGAUGAAAGGCUCGGCUGAGAAGAAGGCAGCGGCAGCAAUGUGUGUCAGAAUGGGAAGUUUUUCGGAUCCACACGAUGCACAAGGCCUAGCACAUUUUUUAGAGCACAUGCUUUUCAUGGGGAGCACUGAAUUUCCGGAUGAAAAUGAGUAUGACAGUUACUUGUCUAAGCAUGGAGGCUCAUCAAAUGCAUAUACAGAAACUGAGCACACAUGCUACCAUUUUGAAGUGAAAAAAGAGUUUCUUAAGGGUGCGUUGAUAAGAUUUGCUCAAUUUUUCAUUUCUCCUUUGAUGAAAGCUGAAGCCAUGGAAAGGGAGGUAUUAGCUGUGGAUUCAGAAUUUAAUCAGGUUUUACAAAAUGAUUCCUGUCGUCUGCAACAGUUGCAGUGCUAUACAUCUGCCCCUGGUCAUCCUUUCAACCGAUUCUUUUGGGGGAAUAAGAAGAGCCUGGUUGAUGCUAUGGAGAAGGGAGUUAAUUUACGGGAGCAUAUUGUGAAAUUAUACAAUGAUAAUUAUCAUGGUGAAUUGAUGAAGUUAGUUGUCAUUGGAGGAGAGACUCUUGAUGUCCUAGAAAGUUGGGUCCAUGAAUUGUUUGGCAGCAUCAAAAAAGGCUCUGUGGUUAUGCCAGAGACAUGUUUAGACGUUCCUAUUUGGAAAGCUGGCAAACUUUACCGGUUAGAGGCAGUUAAAGACGUUCAUGUACUUGAUCUGUCAUGGACAUUACCUUCUCUGCGAAAAGAUUAUCUAAAGAAGGCUGAAGAUUACCUUGCUCAUCUCCUUGGACAUGAGGGCAAAGGAAGCUUGCUUUUUUUCCUCAAAGCUAAAGGCUGGGCAUCUUCCAUAUCUGCUGGUGUUGGUGAUGAAGGGAUGCAUCGCUCUUCAAUAGCUUAUAUUUUUGGAAUGUCUAUACACCUCACUGACUCUGGCUUGGAGAAGAUAUUUGAUAUCAUUGGAUUUGUCUAUCAAUAUCUCAAAUUACUUCGCCUACUUUCUCCUCAACAAUGGAUUUUUAACGAACUCCAAGAUAUUGGGAAUAUGGAAUUUGGAUUUGCGGAGGAGCAACCUCAGGAUGAUUAUGCUGCAGAACUUUCUGAAAAUCUCCUUGUUUAUCCGCCAGAGCAUGUUAUAUAUGGUGAAUACGCAUACAAAAUCUGGGAUGAGGAUAUGAUAAAAAAUAUUUUGGAUUUCUUCAAGCCUGGAAACAUGAGAAUUGACGUAGUUACGAAGUCUAUUAACAAGUCGCUUAAUGUUCAACUCGAGCCAUGGUUUGGAUCAGAAUAUGUUGAGGAAGACAUUCCAUCUGCUCUGAUGCAAUUAUGGCAGGAUCCUCCCACGAUCGAUUCCUCUUUACAUUUGCCAUCAAAGAAUAACUUCAUUCCACGUGAUUUUUCCAUACGUGCUGACAAGGUGUCCUCUCAGUUUGCUGAUUUAUCAUCCCCAAGAUGUAUACUUGAUGAACCUAUGACGAAGUUAUGGUACAAGCUUGACAAGACUUUUAAACUUCCUCGUGCUAAUACAUAUUUCCGCAUUACAUUAAACGGAGGAUAUGUUAGCUUGAGGAAUGCUUUGUUGACUGAAUUAUUUAUACUACUGCUGAAAGAUGAGCUUAACGAAAUUAUUUAUCAGGCCAGUGUGGCUAAACUAGAAAGUUCUAUUUCUCUAUAUGGUGACAAGUUAGAGCUAAAGGUUUAUGGUUUCAGUGAUAAGCUCCCAGUCCUCUUGUCAAAAGUUUUGGCAGUUGCUAAAUCAUUUCUGCCAAAGGAUGAUCGCUUCAUGGUUAUCAAAGAAGAUUUAGAGAGAACUUUAAAGAACACAAACAUGAAGCCGCUAAAUCAUUCUUCCUACUUAAGACUGCAAGUAUUGUGUCAGAGCUUUUGGGAUGUAGAGGAGAAGUUGCACCUGUUAAGUAACUUGUCUCUUGCUGAUUUAACGACUUUUAUUCCAGAUCUUCUUUCCCAGUUGUAUAUUGAGGGCCUGUGCCAUGGGAAUUUGCUGGAAGAGGAAUCUCUAUAUGUUUCCAACAUAUUCAGAAGUAAUUUCUCUGUGCAACCACUUCCUUUUGAGAUGAGACACAAGGAAUCUGUGCUGUGUCUUCCAUCAAGUGCUGACCUAGUAAGAGAUGUCAGGGUGAAAAAUAAACUAGAAACAAACUCUGUUGUGGAGCUUUACUUUCAGAUUGAACCAGAAAGAGGAAUUGACUUGGUUAAAUCGAAAGCAUUGAUUGACCUUUUUGACGAAAUAGUGGAAGAACCGCUUUUCAAUCAGCUCAGGACAAAAGAGCAACUUGGCUAUGUCGUUGACUGUAGCCCACGGGUGACAUACCGCAUAUUAGGGUUCUGUUUCCGCGUUCAAUCUUCUAAGUUCAAUCCUGUGUACUUACAAGAGAGGAUUGACAACUUCAUAAACGGCCUAGAAGAGAUGUUGAAUGGACUCGACGACGAAAUGUUUGAGAAUUACAAAAGCGGGUUAAUGGGCAAGCUUCUUGAGAAAGAUCCAUCUCUUGUAUAUGAAACAAAUCGUCUUUGGGGUCAAAUAGUUGAUAAAAGGUAUAUGUUUGACAUGUCCGAAAAGGAAGCAGAGGAGCUUAGGGGUAUUCAAAAGACAGACAUUAUCAACUGGUACAACACUUACUUAAAGCAGCCGUCUCCGAAGUGCCGGAGGCUUGCAAUCCGGGUGUGGGGUUGCAACACAGAAUGGAAGAAUGUGGAUGCACAAACAUCAUCUGCAAAGGUUAUCAAAGAUGUUGAAGGUUUCAAGAAGAAGUCUGAGUUCUAUCCAAGCCUUUGUUGA